AUGGCUAACUUUGAAUGUGCUGGGUGCCCUAACGCACUGGAUAACACCAUAUCAUUGCAAUGUCACCGAUGCAAUGACAAAUAUCAUGUAGCAUGCACGCGAAUCACAAUGCAAGAUUUUAAUGUGAUGAGCUCGGAAAUGAAAAGUUUAUGGAUAUGUGACGUUUGCAGGUGUAAACAACCAAGAGGUGAUCAUUCCAACACUCCAGUUCGAAACUCACCGGUGGAAAUGGAAUUCGUAACUCAACGUGUAAAAAGUCGUUCUAAUUGCUCUUGUUUAUCGGCUAGUAAUAUACGUGAAAUGAUUAGAGAGGAAUUGCGCAACAUUUUUAGUAACGACUUACACCCUAAAAUUCAUGAAAUAAAAAAUACACUUGCCUCAUUUGAAACUUCUUUGUCGUCAUUAAACCAAGAUAUAGAUAAAGUUAAAUCCGAUCAUGCUAACCAAUCUGAACAAAUGCAACAUAUUACUAAGGAGAACGAAACUUUGCGUGCAGCUAACAAGAGUAUCAUAACUCGUCUUACGCAACUUGAGCAGCAGACACGAGCUUCAAAUAUUGAGAUCCAAUGUGUUCCAGAGAAUAGACAAGAGAAUUUAGUUAACACAGUACAACAACUAGGCAAUAUCAUAAAAUGCCCUAUAGCCCCAGAAAAUAUACAUUUUUGUGCAAGAAUAGCGAAAAUGAAUACUAAAAGCCCCCGACCGAGAUCGAUAUUAGUAAAGUUCAGUAGUCCUAGACUACGUGACGAUUUUUUAGCAGCCACCAUUAAAUAUAAUAAAACAAAUAAUACGGAUAAGCUUAACACUAGCCAUUUGGGAAUCGCAAGCGCGAAAAAUACUCCAAUAUACGUUGCUGAAAAUCUUACGCCAGAGGGAAAAAUCUUACAUGUUGCAGCUCGCCGUAAGGCGAAAGAGCUCGGUUUCCGUUUUGUUUGGGUUCGUGAUGGAAAGAUUUUUGUUAGAAAAUCUGAAGGAUCAAACUACAUUCAUAUACGAAAUCAUGAUACUGUGAAUAAUUUGUCAUAG